CAAAGGGCCUGUGCAAAUAACUCUUAUACAUAGGGCUAUUGCCUUACAAAAUUAUUUUAACCGGAGAGUCUAUCUAUAUAAAAAAUUGUUGUGUUCAGCCGCCGCUGCCGCCGCCGCUGGUUCAUCGCCUCCGCAGGGUGUCGCGCAUCAGUUCGGGCUGGUGACAUUUGAAUACCGACUCCGAUGGCAAAUACAGAGAAAGAAAAUCUGGAGAAGAAGUUGGAUGAUGGGAAAUGCAGCCGUCGUAGUCGACCUUAUUACCCGAGGAGAAGUAAAGACAAGGGUUUGAGUUCAAAGACAAAUAUAGAGUCUCUUCCGGACGAAAUGGUGUCCCGUAUUCUUCUUGAGCUCGACGCGGAAGAUAUUUACGAAUCUGCCAUGCUCGUUUGUCGCAGAUGGUACAAUAUCACCUGCACGCAUAAUUUCAAACAGGAGCACCUCGAGCAUUCGAGCCCCGGACUUGUGAUUCUCAGCAAAUCAGUUUCCCAAGCUCCAUCUUUGGUAACGAUAAGUAGAAGAGGUGGCAUAGUAACAAUCCGAAAUUUGAAGCACCCUAAAAGAAAUUUGUGUUCCAAAUACUGGGCUAAUGGAUUGGCAUUGGAGAAUUGCUAUUCGAGGGAUAAUUAUUUCGUCGCGAAUCACGUAACUAAUAAAAGAAUUGCACUCCCUCGAUAUUCCGCGCCCGAAGACUCGAACAACCAUGGUUCCUGCAUAGGGUACGCUCCGGCUUCGAAGGAGUAUAAAGUGGUCCUGCUACAAUCCCCCGGUUUGGAAAAUCCCAAAGUACAAAUAUGCGCGAUUUUGACUCUGGGAGCCGACGAGUCUUGGAGGUAUGUCGACACCCGACACGUGUCUCUUGCAGCUAGGGACCUUUUCACCACCACACCGUUGGUUGUCGAAGGGUUUGUGCAUUUUCUGUUUCCUUCAGAGAGCAAUCGUCUGUUGAGUUUGAACUUGGAGAGUGAGAUUAUUACAGAGACCCUCAUUCCGUCUCCUGAGGGAGGUUGUGUCAGUUGUUGUUUGCCGACGUCGAAAUCUCUGACUCUGCUAAUGGCCUCGCCGGGUAACUUGUCGUGGGAUGUUUGGGAGAUGACGGCGAAGAAACCGGGGGAGUGGAAUAAGGUGGGCAAAAUUGACUUAAAAGCUCGAAAGAGCUGGAUGCAAAAACAAUUGGGGUGUACCCUUCGAGACGGCCUUUUCACGGUUUGUUGGUUAAAUGACAUGGAGGUGUUGGUUUUGCGUGCUUGGAUGGUUUUCGAUAAGGCUACGUUGUUCUAUAAUGUUCGUACGCAAGAAAUCCAGGUUGUCGACUUGGGUUAUUGUUCUUAUGUUAACCUUCACAAGAACAGCCUCGUAUGGUUUGAUCAUACUUAGUUGCAUUACCUACUUCAAUUUUUUAUUAGUUGUUUUAAUUUUAAAUUUCAGGUUUAUAUUCUGUUCGUCGUGUAAAAGUACAAAUAUUUUAAAUUUAAGGGUAAAUUGCAAC